AAAAAUAAAAGUCCACGCUCACCUAUUGUUGUUAUGUUAUCAAAGAAUUGAUGUGUUUUGCAGUAAAUAUUACAAACGACUGAUAUGUGUGUCUCUUUAUACUUGAAGAACGGGAUAAAUGAAUCUAAUGUGAAAGAUGUUGCUGAACAAGUUUUCACAAUAACCAAAAAUUAUGAGGACAUUACAGCUACCGACAUUUGCUUCCUGUAUGAGAUCCUGCAGCUCAUAGUUGACCUAAACUCUGAUGCAAAUAUAACUGGUCUUAUAGUUGGAAUAGUAAACAACGUGAUGUUUCUCGACGAAGAUGUGCUAGCCUCUGCCCAAGAGAAUGGGAGUUGUACUGCCCUCAUCGUACAGGUCUUGGAAUCUCAGUUGAAUACCGUCGUCGUUGGUAACAGCACGUUUGAUGCAGCUUAUCCUAAUAUAGCAGUUCAGGUGCUUGACGUACCUUCAGACACUGCUGGAGACGGCACAGUGAUCACCAUGUUAAGUAUGGACACCGGUUCCUUGAGCAACAGUGACAUCAUGGUAGGAACACACCAAGACACACCUACUGACUCUGUCCCAAGAGACACCUUUGCCAGGGUUGUUGUACCCAUCGAGGUGGGAGAAAGCGCCAUUGAGUCUCUCAGGGUUGCUUUCGUUGUGUAUGCCAAUGAUGCCAUGUUUCCUUCUCCAAGUAUUGCACUACUCAACCGGGAGAUUGGUACACCAGUGGUGUCCUUAACAAUCGGCGGACAGAAGAUAGAGAAUCUCAUGGAGCGUGUCAAUAUCACUUUCUAUAGAUUCAAGCCUGACUCUCACGAUCCAACCUGUAACUUUUGGGAGUUUAUUCUUGGUCAUUGGUCUAUGGUGGGAUGUCAACUGUUACCUGAUAAUGCCGUGGUCGUCAAUAUCUCCAGUGAUGAAUACUACACAUGCGCCUGCGACCACCUGACCAACUUUGCUGUUUUAGUGGACAUAUAUGCAGAGGACGAUCCUCCUAAACCUGCACUUCGUUUAUUGAGUAUCAUUGGGUGUGCUGUAUCAUGUGUGUGUCUGGUCAUCGCUAUCGCGUCCUAUCUUAGUGUCAAGAAGAUACGAAGAUCUCAGACUCACAAGAUUUUCAUCUGUCUUUGCACCACCCUGCUCUGUUUGUACACCGUCUCUCUCGCCAUCAUCGCUCUCGACACAGAGUACCAGCAUGCAGAGGUCGAGAGGAUACCGUGUACCGUCCUGGCGGCACUAAUCCACUACUUCGUGCUCUCUUCGCUUACGUGGAUGGGCAUCGAGGGCUUUAAUACUUAUCUGGUCAUCGUAAAAGUGUUUAAUCCUUACAUACCAAAGUUUAUGAUCAAAGCUUCGAUUGUAGGAUGGGGUAUCCCGGCUGUGAUUGUUGCCGCAACUGGGGGAAUCACUAGGAACUAUUAUGCUGUCGAAGAUUAUUGUUACAUACGGAAGUGGCCCCUCAUUGGUGGUCUCUUGGCCCCAAUGGCUAUCAUCCUCAUCAUCAAUAUCACUGUGUUCAUCCUGGCAAUGUGUCGUCUGGAAAAUUCUGCACGAAUGGCAGGACGUGUGAAGAAGGACUGCAAGACCGAACGACAAGAGACCCGAGAACGGAUCCAGAAUGGCAUCGCCAUGUUGCUCCUACUUGGCUUCACCUGGACUACUGGAUACCUGACCCUGAUCAAUGUGGACUACACUGAACUCCUUUUCAUCGUCUUCAACUCCUUGCAAGGCUUCUUCAUCUUCGUCCUCUAUUGUCUUCGAAAGGAGACCAUCAGGAAGCAGUGGCGCCGUUGUAUCUGCUGUGCACUGUUGCGGGAAGGUGUCGGCGCUGAGUCCAAAGGAAAUUCCGGACGAACACCAGGAUUUAUGAGUGGGACUGGAGGCUCUCAACCUAUGUUUGAAUCUUCGUCUGCCAUAUCUCAUACCAAUCCAUCUUUUGAAUACGCAAAUUAGAUACAAAACCAUCAGGCUGCGAUGAUUAAUGUGCGAACGAUGUAUCUCUAGUGACUAAUUGCUAGAAAAUGAUAGUAUAAACGAGCACAAAGACUUUGAUUUAAUCAGGGCAACUUUUAUACCCUAAUGCAUGGCCUAUUGAAAUUAUGUUCGGAUUACGUAAUAUGGCACAGUCGUGUUCCUACAUUUUAAUAUGUAACGCUCAAGUCUAUUGCAAUUGCCUGAAGUUGAUUUUUUUUGGAAAGUCUUUGCGAUCAUGCUGCACAUAAGUGAAAUACUCAGAAAUGUUAUUAAAACGCUUCGUAACUUGUUAUUUGCUGUUGGUGGUAGGGACUAUCUGACUUAAAAAAAAGGAUUAUGUGUAAAUGAACAGAGGUUGAUACACAAUCAUGAAUUAUGUGAGUGUGGGGAAUUUGUUUGAAUAAUAAAUUGGGGCUUGGUAACACAUUUUGUAUAAACGUAAAUACAUUAACGUGAAAGGGUUGUAGAGGGGUAGUAUGUUUGUUCGUUUUUUGCUUUAUUGUUACACAUUUCACGUAACAAGGUUGUCUCAUGCAUAAUAUUUAACAAGAGAAUGCAUACAACGAUGAUAGACAUGUAACAUAGAUAAAUGAUGAAGUGAAAUUAUUAACAGCACAGCUCUUAAACUAUAAGUUUCCGAAUUAAUUUAAUAUAAAAUACUGAUUUCUGAUUUCGAUAGCAA